AUGGAAGUCCCUGGCAAGAACCCAUGCGGCGUGAAGCCCUUCUACUGGAAGAAGGGUCUCGACCCCAAGGAGACAACCCGACCUCCCCUCAUCCAAAAUCGCGAGGAAAUUGCAGAUAACAUGCAAAUCACCUGGGAUGUGCCGGUUACCAUGCGCGAUGGCGUCAAAGUCUACGUGGAUGUUUUCCGUCCUGCAGGCUCCACAGGAAAGUUACCCAUCAUCUUCACUUUCAGCCCCUACGGCAAGCAUGGACCCAAGACAUUCGACAUUUUCCCCGGCGCCGGUGUCCCCAAGGGCUGGGUAUCAAAGUACGCGGUCUGGGAAAGCAUCGACCCCGUUGUGUGGACCAAGAAAGGCUAUGCCGUCAUCAAUGGUGAUAGCCGGGGCUCCUGGGGCUCCGAAGGAGACCUGGAAAUCUUCAGCCAGCAAGAGAGCCGUGAUGGCCAUGACUGUAUAGAAUGGGCCGGCACACUGCCUUGGUCGACCGGUAAAGUCGGCAUGAUCGGUGUGUCCUACCUGUCUAUCGUACAAUGGGGAAUCGCAGCCCAGAACCCUCCUCAUCUCGCUGGAUUCAUUCCCUGGGAGGGCUUUACCGACUUCUACCGAGACUACACCCACCAUGGCGGGAUCCCAGAGACCAGGUUCCUUCACUUCACGCAGUGGUCCUGCCGUAGCGGCGUCAACCUGGUGGAGGAUCUGAUCAAAAACAACAAGGCCCACCCUCUCCUGGAUGAUUACCAUCGUUCCAAGUGUGUCCAGGACCUUUCCAAGAUCACCGCCCCGGCCUAUGUUGUUGCAGACUGGGGUGACCACGGUAUGCAUACCCGUGGAACUUUGAACGGGUUUGUCGGAAUCAGCUCCAAGGAAAAAUGGCUCGAGGUCCACGGGCGCAAGAAGUGGCGCUACUUCUUCGAGCUAGAGAGUGUUCAACGUCAAGAAGCUUUCUUUCAGAAGUUCCUUAAGGGCGAGCCUAGUGAGAUUGACAACUACCCCAAGGUCCGCCUGGAGAUCCGCGAUCGAGCCUGGGCCGGUCAAUUCAGGGCCGAGAAAGAAUGGCCUCUUGCUCGUACGCAGUACACCAAAAUGUAUCUCGAUGUGAAGGCAAAGCAGCUCGUCGACCAGGCCCCUUCUUCUCUUGAGGCAGCCAGCUACAAGUCCCAAGUCGUGGACGAUGCUCUUCGCUUCCAUUUCAAAUUCUCCGCAGAUACUGAGCUCACGGGCAAUAUGCGUCUUCGACUGUGGGUUGCCACCGAUCAAGGCCAGGACAUGGAUCUUUUCGUGCAACUGGACAAGCUCGACAAAGACGGCAACAUUACCCCCUUCGUGGCCUUUUCGAUGAUUGACGACGGUCCUCUCGGCUUGGGUUGGCUGCGCGUUAGCCAUCGUGAGUUAGAUAAUGUGAAAACCACCAUCGAUAGGCCCUAUCACACUCACGAACGGAAGCUUCUUCUGCGUCCAAAUGAAAUCGUCCCUGUGGAUAUUGAGAUCCUGCCCACCUCGACUCUGUUUCGUGCAGGUGAGACACUGCAGCUCAGAAUCCAGGGCAAUGACAGCUUCCGUCAUAAGACCCCGGAUGUUGUUCAGUUCCAUGAAAACUCUGUCAACGAGGGAAACCACUUUGUUUAUUCCGGAAACACAUACGAGUCAUUCCUUGUCUUCCCUAUCAUCGAAUAA